AUGGAAAAUGUGAAUGACGAUGUUGCAGCUACCACGAGCAAGAAUAGAGCAAAAGAAGUGGUGGUAAUUGUUGGUGAUUCACUAAUUAAGAAUGUUGUCGGAGCAAGCGUGAGCAAGACUGACCCUAAUCACUAUUACGUCGUUAAAGCAUUCCCUGGUGCAAAUCUUUCUGAUAUGGAAGACUUCAUUAAACCUAUCACCCGAAAAUCACCCGAAAAAAUCAUCUUUAUAUGUUGGAACGAACGACUUAAAGAAUUCUCCUGCAAAAGUAAUUGCCGAUUCACUACUGAAUCUGACGACCCAGAUAAAGGAAGACUCGCCAACUACUGUGGUAGGUGUAUCAGCUUUGUUGACCAGAAAUGAUAAUGCAAACCUAGCCACUAAAGUUAAACAAGUUAACUUUAUCCUAGAUAAUUAUUGUCGUAUGAAUAAGAUACCAUUCUUAAGAAAUGCUAAUGUGAACAAUUCUCACUUGAACAAUAAAGGUCUACAUUUAAAUAAACAAGGCAGCGAAACUCUACAAAACAAUUUUAUUGAAUUUACUAACAAUUUUAAUGAAUGACUUGUUACGUAUAAUGUUGCUGAGUCUCUUGAUAAUGCGAAUGCUGUCAAUUCUAAUACUAAUAGCGACAUAAAUCCGCUUUUACCUAAGAUGAGUGGUUUCAAAAUUGCGUCACUUAAUAUAACUAGUUUAGUAAAACACAUUGAGGAACUUCGAAUUUUUCUAGCCGAUAAUAUUAUUGAUGUUUUGGCUAUCAAUGAGACAAGGCUUGAUUCUGCGGUUAGCGAUAAUGAGGUGCACAUACAAGGUUAUGAAAUUGUUCGCCGCGAUAGAUACUUAAACGGUAGAUGCGGUGGUGGUGUUUGUUUUUAUAUACGAAGUUGCAUUAAUUUUUCGGUACGAUACGAUUUGAAAUUUGAUGAAUUGGAAAAUUUAUGCAUUUCAAUCAAUAAACCUAGAUCUAAGCCUUUUCUUAUAGUGACAUGGUAUAGGCCACCAAAUUCGGUCGUGGAUAAGUUUAAUCACCUAGAAACGUUACUAGGCAAACUUGAUGCUGAAAAUAUUGAGUACUAUCUGGUGGGUGACCUGAAUUGUGAUUUAAGCUCUACAGUCUUGGAUCAUAGUUCAAGGUUGCUCAUUGAUAUUGCUGAAACAUUCGAUCUUCAACAACUGAUAACUGAACAAACUCGAAUUACAAGUUCAUCGUCAACAUUGAUAGAUCACAUUUUUACAAACGCUCCUGAUAGAGUGGUCUGCUCUGGUGUUUCUCACAUUAGUAUAAGUGAUCAUAGUCUUGUUUAUGCCUUUAGAAAACUUUCCGCCAGAAUGCCGACAAGAGGACAUACUACAGUAAGCUAUAGAAAGUUUAAAAACUUUGAUUCUGCCAAAUUUCGUAAUGAUAUUAGUCAGCAAAACUGGGACUUUAUCCAUCAAUUUAAGAAUCCUAAUGAUAUGUGGCAUACUUGGAAAAACACAUUUAAUUUUGUUGUAGAAAAGCAUGCUCCUUUACGCACAAAGCGUGUCAAGGCCUCUAAAGCGCCUUGGAUUUCAUCUCACUUGAAAGGUGAAAUGCACAAAAGAGAUAUUCUUAAAAUCAAGGCAAUCCGGUCUAAUGAUCCUUUAGAUUGGCAUAUUUUUAAGAAAAUGCGAAAUUCCGUAAAUCAAAAUAUUGCCCGGGCGAAGGAAAACUAUUUUAAACGUGCGUUUUCUGAAAAUAAAUCCAACUCGAAAAAGACCUGGAAUAUUAUUAAUGAUCUCACAUCUAAAAAUCGAAAAAGCUCGCAUAUUCACGAAGUUGAUUUGGAUGGUAAUUUGAUUAACGAUUCCAACAAAAUUGCUGAUGCUUUUAAUGAACACUUCUCUAACAUUGGUCCGAAGCUUGCAGAUAAUGUAGAUGUUAAUCAGAAUAAUCGUUGUUAUCUCGAUUAUUUACCUAGUCAAAAUAACAACAUCCGUUUUCAAUUAAAAGAAACUAAUUUCUCUGCAAUUUUUCGUCCAAGCUAAGUAGGUCAAAAGCUACUGGUCUGGACAAAAUUUCGUCCCGCCUACUUCGAGAGUGCCCUGAUUUAAUAGCGGAAUCUCUUAGCUACAUUUUUAAUCGAUCAAUUGUCUCCGGAGUAUUCGCAGAUGAGUGGAAACACGCUAAAGUUGUCCCAAUACACAAACAAGGGAAACGUAAUUGCCCUGACAAUUAUCGUCCGAUUUCCAUUGUCUCGGUAGUGGCUAAGGUUUUCGAAAGGAUAAUUUAUGAUCAGCUGUAUUUAUUUCUAUCUGAAAAUAGUCUGUUAACUAAUUGUCAGUUGGGAUUUCGUGGUCUACAUUCUACUGUUACCGCCCUUCUUGAGGCCACUAACGAUUGGGCUUAUAAUAUCGAUCAUGGAAGCGUAAAUGCUGUCCUGUUUCUCAACCUCAGGAAGGCGUUUGAUACCGUAGACCACGAGAUUCUUUUAGGAAAACUAAAUUCAUAUGGCAUCAAUGGUGUUGCUGGCAACUGGUUCAGACCAUAUCUCAGUGAACGGAAACAAAAAUGUUUUGUUAAUGGUCAUUUUUCGACAAAUCGUUUACUCCGUUGCGGAGUUCCCCAGGGAACUAUUCUGGGGCCACUUUUAUUCUUAAUCUAUAUCAAUGAUCUCCCGAAUUGCCUCUCACUCACGUGCACGCAUGUAUGCAGAUGACACUCAUUUGACUUACGCAAGUAACGAUAUUGAUGACAUUGAUCAUCACUUCAACGAAGAUCUUGCUAAAGUCAGUGAGUGGUUAGUAGCCAACAAACUUACUUUAAACCAAUCUAAAACAGAAUUUAUGCUAAUCGGCUCCCGUCAAAGGAUUAGUACUUUCAACUCUAGUCAUUCACCGACAAUAAAUGACAUACCAAUUAAACAAGUCUCUCACACAAAGUCACUUGGUGUACAUUUAGACGAGAACUUGACUUGGAAUGUUCAUAUCGAGAAAUUAUGCAAAAAGUCGCUUCUGGCAUAGGUGCAUUAAAGCGUAUAAGGCCAUUCGUCCCACCUUCCACAAUGCAACUUAUUUACAAUUGCUUAGUUCAACCCUAUUUCGAUUACUGUUGCGUUGUCUGGGAUAGUUGCGGCAGUACUCUUGCGAAUAAACUGCAAAAACUCCAAAAUUGAGCCGCUAGAGUACUUAGUUCAUCUAGUUAUGAUACAAAUGCUGAAUAUCUAAUUGAAAAAUUGAGCUGGAAAAACCUUGAAUCUCAGCGAAAAAUUGCCAAAGCUAUAAUGGUCUAUAAAUCUCUUAAUGGUUUUGUGCCACACUACCUGUCUGAAAUGUUUGUUGAUCGAAGUAGCGUAACAAAUUUUACAUUGAGAGACACCAGUAGAAAAUUAGCUUUAGCUCAACCACGCACAAAUUACCUGAAAAUUACCUGUUUUAGCUAUAGUGGUUCUGUGCUGUGGAACUCCCUUCCGGUUGAGUUGAGACAGUCUAACUCAUUGCGUAAAUUCAAGUCAGACUGCAGCAACUUUAUACAUUAGUCAAUAAUUUUAGAUUUUUAUAUUAAUAUAUUAGCACGGCACUUAUGGAAAACAGGUAUUCUUGUAAUAUAUAAUUAGUAUUAGUAUAGUAUGUAUACAUAAUUAGUAUCUUAAUUAACUUUUAUAUUCUGUAAUCUGUAACUAUAUUGUAUUCUCUUAUCAUCUUUUAUGUAAAAUCCUGAUAAGUCUACCGUGGGUAAAUAAAGUUCACAAUCACAAUCAUGUAGUUGGGCAUUUUUUAAAUUUUGCCUAAGCGCAUUGCAUUGUGGUCGAAUUUAGAUAGACCCACAAUGCUAUGUGUGAAGCAACUUUAAUAUAUAAUUGUUUGUCCCCAUGUGUUUCCUUUCCGUUGGACCUUCUGGCAAAUAGGUAAGACAUUUUGUAAUUGUUACUUUCUUAGUUUUUUUUAAUAAUUUUGGUCUGUUUUGGUUUCUAAAUGCAUCAUAUCAUUACAUUUCAGCACAGAUUAUUAAAUAUCGUGGGUUAUUAAUUAAUCGAGACUGCAGGUAAGCAAAUCGCAAAUAUACUCAUGCCGUUCGGUCUGUUCGGAAGAACAAUGACUUGAUUAUGAAGAACAAUGACUUGAUUAUGCAAUUUUUGUUAAGCCCAUGCAAUGACUUGAUUAUGCAAUUUUUGUUUUAACAGAGAUUUGGAUAUUCAUAUUCUCCUGAAUUUGGUGAAGCUUUUAAAGCACAGUAAGUUGUUGUUGAGUAAUUUUAUUGCAGAAUUUUAUAGAUCCGAUUUCACUUGCUGAAUCUGAACUUGCUUUGGUGUAUUAAACAUAGAGCCAUAUUAAAACAACAAAGUGUUGUAUAUUUGAUAGACAGUGAACUUAUAUUUAUUGACAUUAAUGCGCAUUGCCAUUUAUUGAAUAUUUGCUGUUAAUUGUGUGUGUUCUGUUAAUUGUGCGUGUCCCUGCAACCCGGGUGCAUUCCAUGCAAAGUCCACGCCGAAGAUACGCCAAUAUUAACUAUAGAUAGUAUUGUAAUUUGCCAAACUCACGCCGAAGAUCUUCGGCGUGGGCCACUUAAUACCCUGGCCCUGCAAACAUAAUAUGUGCUGUUGAAUGUUGAUUGCAAAUAUAUUUCUAGCCUGCGUGCAGCCGACUUUAAAUGGGGAGACGUAUAUUUCAUGCCGUUCGCAGAGGCCAGACGAUAUUAUUAAAGAACAAUGACCUGAUGAUGCAAUUUUGUUUUAACAGAGAUUUGGAUAUUUGUAUUCGUAUUCUGGAUUUUGGUGAAGCUUUUAAAGCACGGUAAGUUCUUGUAAAUUAUUUUGUAGAAUUUUAUAGAUAUUAUAGAUAUUUUACUAUCUUCGAUUUGAACAAGACUUGAUGAUGCAAUUUUUGUUUUAACAGAGAUUUGGAUAUUCGUAUUCUGGAUAUUUGGUAA